AUUAAUUUCUCCUUAUAUUAAUGAUAAACAUUCGAUAAUAACUAUGAUCAUACUUGAAUCUUUGUGAUAAUUGAAUGAUUUCAUAUGAUCCGAUUUCUAAGUUGUAAUUUCUUGGAAACUCAAUCGAGAUUAAUUGAGACUUAAAUAUGAUGCGUCAAAUAGGACUUCUACCUGCAGGAUGUCAACCUUGGUUCUCCAAUAUGAUUGUAGGUACAAUGUCAAAAUUUGCAUACUGUUCCACAAUGGCAGUCUACAUAUAUGAAACCUCCUCUUCCAGUCAGGAGUAUAAGUUAACAGCUAUCAAUGCAGAGCAUACAAAGACAAUAUCUUCUAUUGCAUGGAAUUCAAGAUGCCCUAAUUUAAUUGCAACAUUUGGUGCUGAUUUGAAAAUAGUAAUCUGGGAUGUCUCAAAACAAAAAGUAAUCGCACAACUUCCAAAUGUGAAGGUAGUAUCUUAUUGUAUUGAUUGGAUCAACGGGCAGCCUGACCCACAAACAAUUUCUUACAUUGGUGUCGGUGGACAGUUAGAAUCAUGGAAUAUAAGUACUGGUAAAGUUUCUGCAGUAAAAAAUAUAACUUGUUCUGGUGGAGGUAAAGUAACUAUGUUUCGAUGGCAUCACACAAAGCAGAAGACAAUUGCAUUUGGACAUCAUGAUGGCAGUAUUUCACUUAUUAUCCAAGGGAAGAGGAGAAUUUUGAAGUCUGCUGAUAAUGAUGAAACUGAGGAUCCUGUAGUUGUAUUAAGCUGGGAUCCAUUAUCCAAUGAUUAUCUCCUCGUGGCAAAUAAAUUAACUGGCAUCCGCCUUAUUGAUACAAAUAGUGGUUCAGUAAUUUCAAAUUUCUUUUUACCAAGUAGGGCUGUUUCCACUUGUUGCUUCUCAUGGAUCAACUCAGCUCCAGGUAUGUUCUUAACUGGAGACAAAGAAACUGGAACACUAAGGCUUUGGACGGUUGGCCAGGAUCAGCCGCUCGAAAAUUUCAAAGUAAAAGGCACAGGCUUCAAUGGAAUUCAUGUGCUUGAUGUUACACAAGAUGACAAAUUCUAUGAUGAAAAUUUACAGCCAAAUUCGAUGCAAAGAAAGAGUUCGCAAUCGCAAGUUUCUUCUCAUUCUGUACCUCCUGCUCAUGUUGUAUGUACAUUUCGUGAUGGUGGAGUUGGUCUGUAUGACUUGCAAAAGAGGAAAUGGAAAUUCUGUAAAGAUCAAGGACAUAUUGAGACCAUAUUUGAUUGCAAGUUUAAACCAGAUGAUCCAAGAAUGCUAGCUACGGCCUCUUUCGAUGGUACAGUAAAAAUAUGGUCAGUGAAUGACUUAAGUGCAGUCAAAACAUCUGUGGGAAAUGAAGGUGUGAUAUAUUCUUUAUCUUGGGCACCGGAUAAUUUGAACUGUGUUGUUUGUGGUACACGACGUCAUGGUGCUUUUGUUUGGGAUUUUACAAAAGGAAAGGUAAUAAAAAGGUUUUCAGAACACGGAUAUGCAGCUGUUUUUUGUGUUGCUUGGAACCAGAGAGAUUCUCAUCGAAUUGCAUCAUGUUCAGAAGACAGCUAUUGUAUUGUUCGUAGACUUGAUGGAAAAAAUGUACAGAAAUAUCCACAUCCAGACUCGGUUUAUGGCUGUGACUGGAAUCUCUUUGAUAAGAAUAUAUUAGCAACUGGAUGUGAAGAUGGCAUAGUCAGGAUCUGGAACGUUUCCAGCGAUGUAACGACAACGUGUACCAUGGAAUUAAAGGGUCACACAAAAAAGGUCUUCAACAUCAGGUGGCACCCCCUUGUGAAAGAUAUUCUUUGUACUGGGUCAGAUGAUUGUACAAUUCGGGUAUGGAAUAUUGCCAAUAACAGAGAUUCUACAUGUAUAGGAGUUUUGUCUGGACAUACUUCCAAAGUUCGAGGUUUGACUUGGAAUCAUGAAAUUCCUCAUCUUUUGGUAUCUGGAUCAUGGGACAGCACAAUACGUGUAUGGGAUGUUAGAGAAGACAAUCAGAAGUGCUUAGAAGUGGUAACUGAUCAUGGUGCAGAUGUGUAUGGUCUUGCUUCACAUGUUUCAGCACCUUUCCUUAUAGCCUCUACGUCACGUGAUUCCACCGUUCGUUUAUGGACACUUUCUUCUUCCUUAACAUUACUGUUUGCAAAAAUUAUAGUGGGCCAUCCCCUUGAUGACAUUCGAGCAUCUGCCACUGAAGGUUUCGGAAGUCAAUCCGGAUUGAAAUUGGCUGGAAGUAUGUCAAAACAGAUUGUUCAAGAGUUGAAGAAAAAACAGAGGAAACCUAUUUUGAAACAUAGAUGGUUUUCAGAGCUCUUCUGUGCUAUACCCUCCCUAGAAAAUCUGUGGGACGUUGCUUGUUGUUCCAUGGGCACAAAGGAUGGUUCACUUUCCACUCAGUAUAAAACUGGAAUAUUGCAUACAAGUCAUAUAACUAAAUACAAAGCUGCAGAAGCACAAGAAAUAGAGCUGUCUACAGCAAGUCACUCUUCUCCUGGAAACCGACAGCAAGAAGCUGCAUUAGAAAUAGCUUCUAAAAUUCAUCUCAAAUUAGGAAAUUUACAGCGACACUGUGAAUUGCUGAAGACUCUUGGUCGAUGGGAGACUGCUUUGUCACUUGCACCUGGUGUAUCCAUAGAAUACUGGAGAAUUCUGGCAAAACAAUAUGCUAAAAUUCUCAAGAAAUCAAAUGAUGUGGAAGCGCUAAGUUAUCAAAUUGCAACAGGUGAUAGUCAAGCAUGUAUUCACGAUCUGAUUUUAGCAGGAGAUUAUGAAGAUGCUCUUGUGGUUGUGCAAAGUGCUAUUGAGUGUCGCACUCCUUCAUAUGCUCCUGUUCCGAAAUCUCUUCAAAAUGGUGAUACAAAGAGUGAAGAAACCAGUGAUGAUACUAUUGAUAGUGAUGAUUUAAAACGGUUGAGGACUUCUUGCAUUGAAAAACUGUCGAAAAAGAAGUACUUAAAUGGGGAUCCAUGUCGGGCAGCAACUUAUUUAGUUUCUAACAAUGAUGUUGUUGGGGCUAUGAAUUGUCUCAUUAAUGCAAAUGAAUUGCUUCUUGCAUUAUGUGUUGGGCAGGCAUUUGCUAACAAGAGCACCUCCAGUUAUUUGGUGGAAGCCUCAAUUCUAUUUUCAAGGAAACUUGAAGCUGAAAAACACUACUUUUUUGCGGUUGAGAUUUUAAAAAUACCACUGUCUGAGGGAAAUGUGUUACAUCAAAUGUGGAGUCCUAUUCACGCAUCAUGUGCAAGAUAUGAUGGAGAUGAUGCCCAUAGAGAAAAUUUGUAUACAUAUGCAGGACUUGAAUCCCCUAUAAUUUUUCAGCAAAAAGGUAAACAAUUUCAAGAAGACGGUCAAAAGAUAGAAUCAAUGUAUUGUUUCCUGCUCUCUUCCACGCCUGAGCUUGGGUUGAAAAUUGGCUUGGAAUUGCUUUGCAAUGAGCUGAAGUCAAGUUCAUGGACAUUGUCAACCCCUUCUGUUCUUAGUUUAGAAGCAGUGUUUUCUGUAUCCUCUAAAAUUCUUUUAAAGCCAGAUGAAUGUCUAAGUAAGAACAUCUUACUUGCAAUGUCAGCGUAUAUGGGAGCAUUGAAAGCUAUCAACAGUGGAUACUUUUCUGUUGUCAUUCCGUUAUUUGAACAUGCAAUAGCAAUGGCUGAAAGAAUUGAAUUGAUGCCCAACAGCAGCAAUAAUACAUUUCCGUUCAAUUCUCAAGAACUACGACAAGAUUUAGCAGAGUGGAAACAAUAUGUUUCUUCACUUAAUCAAAAACAGGUGAAGAAGGAAGGUGUUGAAAGAGAUCAAUCUGUUGAAAACAUUUUACAUAGAGCAGAAGUCGAGACAAUGGUGAUUGAUCCUGCAAAUGAAACGAUCGUUGCUGGAUCAGGUUUGCCAUCUCAUUCUGACGUUAAUAUUUCCUCCUUAACGAACAAAAGAAUAAGAGGACCAGUGUUUUGGUUGGAGGAUCAUAAAACUGUAAUAUCACUCAAUGAAGCCAUUAUGUGGGCGAGAGUGAAUCAGUUUUCACCAACGGGAUCUGGAGAGAGAAUAAUACCGUUUUAGUGUUCUUGAUUUUGUUUUUAGUUCAAAUCAUAGCAGAGUAUCAUAUUGCUUUAUAAUUAUAUUUUUAUCAAACACCACUGUCUCAUCAAAUAAUUAAUAGUGUUUAGAUCUCGACUAGUAUUGCACUGUUUUUUUUAUAAUUUGCUUAUUAUUUUUUUACGUUGUGCGAGGUGUUAAUUUUAGGAUUUUGCACAUAUUGGUUGUUUCUUUUGUAAUAUGUUUAGAAAAACCUCACACUGGUAUGAAGAUGUCACAAGUUGAAGGUGAUCAAUGGAAUACCGAUAGCUUGCCACCAAGGCUUGACUCCAAAUUUAAAAAAAAUAAAUCGUUUCACAUUCGUUCACUGGGAACGUCGGUGAUGCAGAUUAUUUUAGUUUCAUUUAAAGAAUUCAAUACUGUCUUUUGGACGUCUGAAAUUGCACUUUUUGUUAGUUGAAAAUUGUUUCUACUUCCAUAUGUGUCCGAUGGAUCUGGCACAGUGAGCUAGUAAACUAACUCACACACGACCUGGAAAAUACAUCCAUUUACCGAAUUUACAAUCGCGGAAAUUUGUUACUAGAAAAGAUAAUUGCGCCAAUCUGAUAGAAUAAGAGGUGUCUGCUUUUUAGCAGUGCGUUGUAUAAUUUGAAUAUUAUUUAAUGCCAUAAAACUGGGAAAUUGAAAAAACGGCGGACCUUCGCUUGUGCGAUGCUUUCGUACGACUACAUGGCUGGUAAACAACAGGCUGAAAGUGGGUUGAGUAUUGUCGAACAUAAGCUUGAGGUUUUGCCCAAAAAGCAGUGUUCUCUCGUCUAAUAAGUGUUAAAUUAGUUCACGGGAACGUAUGCACACAAAACUUCAGGAAUAUGAGGAAGUAGAAAAUAUCCUACGCGAGAGACUGUAGAUAAAAUAAUAAAUGGAAAAAGUUUAUAAAAAUUGAUUGCCGCGUCAUAUUAAUAAUUUUACAACAGUUGCCAAAUUGAAUAUGAAUAUUGUAAAUAAAAAUAUUUUUUAAAAAUGA